ACAGGAAUAUUUCCUCAGGAACUCUGGAUCUGUCCGGCUGCUGCCUGUUGGACGGCUUCCUGCAGAAGAAGAAAGAACCAAGAGUGUGAUUAAUAUGAGGAAACCUCUGAAGGUCUUAAACCCUGGGAUUAGAUUACAUGUCCUCCAUGGUGUUUAGACCUGGGAGCAGCAUGCAAAUCGACUGGUGAACUGCUGCUGCCCGUCAAACCCCCGACUUGUUGUCACCAGCACCACCAACCCACCUUUGGAGGGUAGUGGGGGGAAUCCAGUCGCAUCAUCUCUGCUUGAUAACCUGCACCAGUCACCAUGGAUUACAUCCUACCCAUAACGAGCCAAGACAUGAUAGCUUUCUCCUGCUCCGAUCCGUUUCUGGAUCUCCACAGCAGUAAAACCCGGUUCCACUACCAGGGCGUGAAGAGGAAGCUGCGGCCCGGUCGAAUCCUAGGCUUCAUCUUCAGCAUGGUGGCUGUCUGCACAGUUUGUUCUCUCAGUGCCUUGUCUCUGGUCACAGUUGUGGCCACUGAGCUGGAGUCGUCUGCUGAGGGAUCGGCCGAUGCAGCGGUGCCCCAGAGAACUCUCCUGCAGCACCAGAACCUCUCAACUGCUCCAGAGGACACACCAGUGGCCAUGAAGUCUCACAUGGACAUGAAUAAAGGAGACUACCCAAAAGACUACUUCAGUGUGGAGGACAGACGUCGAGGCUACGUGGCUCUUCAUAUGUUUGGAAUGUUGUACAUGUUCAUAGCCUUGGCCAUCGUUUGUGAUGAGUUUUUUGUCCCGGCGCUCACCGUCAUCACGGAGAAGUUGGAGAUCUCGGAUGAUGUAGCUGGAGCCACCUUCAUGGCAGCAGGUGGAUCAGCCCCAGAACUCUUUACCUCUGUCAUUGGGGUCUUCGUCUCCCACAGUAAUGUAGGCAUUGGUACCAUUGUGGGGUCCGCCGUGUUCAACAUCCUGUUUGUGAUCGGGAUGUGUGCCCUGUUCUCCAAGGAGGUGCUGCACCUCACGUGGUGGCCCCUGUUCAGAGACGUGACGUUUUACAUCAUCGGCCUGCUCAUGCUCAUCUACUUCUUUCUGGAUAAUCAGAUCACGGUGACGGAAAGUUUCAGUCUGCUGAUGUGCUAUACCUGCUACGUGUCCUUCAUGAAGCACAACGCUAAGGUGGAGAUGUUCAUCAAGGCCCUGCUGAAAAGCAACCAGGUCGACCAGCUGGAGCCAGUGCCCAAGGUAAACCCCCCUGCUGACGAUGAGACCAAACUGACAGCCAAACCGAGGCUGCAGAGGGAAGGCAGCUGCGCUUCUCUGCACAACUCUCUGAUGAGGAACAGCAUCUUCCAGCUCAUGAUUCACACACUGGACCCCCUCAGUAAUGAAGGACGUUUCAAAGAGAAGGCAUCCAUCCUGCACAAAAUGGCCAAGAAAAAAUGUAAAGAAGAUGCAGUCAGUGCCAAUGGCAUAGUUGAAAAAAAUAUCCCCAACAGUUCAAAGGUGGAAGUGGAGGUCACACCGCCGAUGAACGGUGUCGCAGGAGGAAACCAGGAGGGUGAGGAAGAAGAGGAUGAAGACCAGCCUCUGAGCCUUGCCUGGCCCAACAGCCCCAGGAAACAGAUCACAUAUCUGGUCAUCCUGCCCAUCGUCCUCCCCCUGUGGCUGACGCUGCCUGACGUCAGGAGAGAGAGCUCUGAAAGAUUCUUUCCCAUCACUUUCCUCGGGUCCAUCUGUUGGAUUGCUUUCUUCUCCUAUCUGAUGGUGUGGUGGGCUCACCAGGUUGGAGAGACUUUCUGGAUCACAGAGGAGAUCAUGGGUUUGACCAUUUUAGCAGCUGGCACCUCCAUCCCUGACCUGAUCACCAGUGUGAUUGUGGCACGGAAAGGCCUCGGAGACAUGGCCGUGUCCAGCUCAGUGGGCUCCAACAUCUUUGAUAUCACUGUGGGCCUGCCAUUCCCAUGGCUCAUCUACAACAUCAUCCAUGACUUCAAGGCUGUGGAGGUGAGCAGCAACGGCCUGUUCUGUGCCAUCGUCCUCCUCUUCCUCAUGCUCCUCUUUGUCAUUAUAUCCAUCGCGGCUUGCAAGUGGAAAAUGAGUAAGGUUCUGGGCUUCCUCAUGUUCUUGCUCUACUUUGUCUUCCUGGUCAUCAGCGUCAUGCUGGAGGACAAAGUUCUGGUGUGUCCUGUCAGCGUCUGAGAGGGACACCUGACCGAAUGCUCAGAUUUACUAUAAGAGUGCAAUAAGCCUGUUAUGUUUCUCACAUGCUCACGAUAGAUCCUGCACUGUGCGCACACACAUACACAUGUUGUUCAUAUAGAUUACACAGGAGCUGUGAUGUAAAUGGACUUUUUGCUGGUUCAAGCUGUUGCAUCGCAACUUUCUGACAGAGACAAACAGGUCUGUACUUUUAUUACCAACGCCGGGCCAAGCAGCGAGCAGACUCUCUUUGCGGCGACGUUUUGUUGCCCUGUCUGAUGAAGGCAACUCCACAAUGGAAGCUGAUGCUGCAAGAGACUUUUUAUUUUUAACUAAAGGACUGGAUGACAGUGCAUGGAGAACUGUUGCCACUCGUGGAAGCAACGAAGUUAGGGUGGUCGCUUUGGUUGGGGCUUGUUUUUGUUGUUUAAAAUCCCAAAGGAUAACAAAACUGCCAAUCAACCAACCAUCGUGAUUUAUGAACUUUCAAUGAAACCAGGUAAGAAAGCAAUGUUGUAGACAGAAAAUGUUCAUUAAUAAAAAUUUGUUUUGUGUUGAAGGACACAUUUGGCAGCAACAAAUGUUUAUCCCACUCAUGUUAUAGUGCAAUAAUACAAAACAGUAGUAAAUUUCCUAAGCUUUUUAUUAUAUCUGCUUACAUCAUCAUAUCUGGAUUUUUCACAAAAUCUAAUGAGCUAAAGAACGAGGCUCUGUCUGCUUUUAGCUACUUUUACAGCUAGAACAGAUUCUCUCCCUGGAUUUUGAUUUUUGAACCUCUGACAAACAACAAAUUUAGCAUUCUCUGUUGCAUUUUUCUUGUUUAACAUAAGUUUUCUUUACAUUAGUUGUUAAAAAAUCAUGUUAACAUUGGUUUUCUUUGACAAAGUUUGAAUGUAAAACAGCUCAUGGACUAAAUAUCUUUGACACUUUUUCGUAAAAGAUCACGAGUCCAGUUAUGGAUGGAGGUUAAUUUAAAAAAAACAUGGUUUCUGAUUGUGCGCAGUGAGAAUCAGGUUCACGCAUGUCUGCAGUCACAGUCCAUGUUUGCGGGUAUUAUUUCAUGGCUGUAAUUUGUUUAUGGGAUGGUGAAACAAUGUGCUCAUGUACUGUAGUUUUUUUUCUUCUUUUUUUUUCAAAAAGUAAAACAAAAUGUUACAUUUUGAAGAUUGUCAAACUAUUUAUUAUUCAAUAAAAGUAUGUGUAACUAAAGAAAUUACAUUUAUUUUUUUGCAUUUUUUUGUCCUUUAAGAAAAUGUUUGUAUGUUUAGGUUGAUUAGUUUUAAAGUGUUACUAAAUUGCCAACACUGAAAAAAAAGCUUGUCAAAUUUACUAUCCUCAGAAC